AAAGAAAAGGAGAUGCGGCGAGCAAGCGAGCGUCCAUUCCACGCGACUCCCCAACACAAAUACCACCACCACCUCCCACACCCACACCAAGCGCAGAGCUCCAGAGAGAGAGAAGGGAUCCAUCGACGCGCGAGCGCUUUGCUUAGAUUCCUUCGUCGCCGGCGAAUCCGUCCCCUUCGCGCCGCCCGCAAUGGCGAAUGCAGCAUCUGGGAUGGCUGUGGACGAUGAGUGCAAGCUCAAGUUCCUGGAGCUGAAGGCAAAGAGGACCUACCGCUUCAUCAUUUACAAGAUAGACGAGAAGAAGAAGAUGGUUGUCGUGGAGAAGGUUGGCGAGCCCGUACUGAACUACGACGAUUUUGCCGCUAGCCUCCCUGCCAACGAAUGCAGAUACGCCAUAUUCGACUACGAUUUCGUGACCGAGGAGAACUGCCAGAAGAGCAAGAUAUUCUUCAUUGCAUGGUCUCCUGAUACAUCGCGCGUGAGAAGCAAGAUGAUCUACGCGAGCUCCAAGGACAGGUUCAAGAGGGAGCUCGACGGCAUUCAGGUGGAGCUCCAGGCGACCGAUCCAACUGAGGUUGGCCUCGACGUGAUCAGAGGCCGUGCAAACUGAGCAUUGUUUUGAUGCUGCUACCUAUAAAAGUAUGAGCUUCAGAUGAGAAUUUAGAGAGCUCCCCUGAGGCAAUGGGUUAUGACUUUGUUAUCAUCUUAGUACUACUCCUAUCUAAGGGACGGUGUAAGGCUGUAAUCUAUGUGCGGUGCAAUGAUAAGGCUAUCCUUUCUGCGUUUGAUCAUGACAUCUCA